AUGCCUGUAGAGGAAGGCAAGGAAGCUGGAGUUGUUGCUUUACCUUUCACAGAGCCGAGCCCAGUUCAUAAUGUCACAGCAGAGUCCAUUGGUGUGAGUUCUGUCAAGUUAAAAUGGGAGGUGAAUGACAAAACUGAAGCAGAAAUUACCAGCUUAAUCCCUGGGACACUGUACAAAUUCACCGUAUUUGCUGUAGUGGCUGCUGAUAAUACGACAGGAGAAGGUGUGUCCAUAGAGCUGUAUACAAUACCUGUCUCAGUGAAUUCAUUUCAGUGUGAACCAGUGGCCAAGCAGCCUUUCCUAAUGCUGAAGUGGAAGUGUCCUUUGGGUAACAACUCUGGCUUCAAAAUUGAAAUAUCUAAUACAAAUAUUUCACAGUCGGCUCCCCGCUGCACAGUAGAAGGCUUUGAGCAAACCUUCCAAACAGCAAGUUUACGUUUUUUUAGCACCUAUAAUGUUACUAUCAUAACUCUUUCAAAUGGCACUAGAAGCUCUCCAGUGAACAAGUUGUGUCACACCAGCAUUACUGACCCACCUCCUCCAACCGAAGUUCCUUCAGUCAAGGCCAUCAGCCACAGCUCAUUGUCUGUUGAAUUCUCUGAUUUUGAUUCACUGAAUGGUCUAUUAGAAGCCUAUGCAAUAAUGAUUACAACAGAACAUCAAAGUUCUGAGUCUUUGAAGUCUAAAUUGAACAACACAUACAAAGAUUUCCGGAAGAAGACAACAACUGCCUAUGUUACCUAUGUCAUAAAAACAGAGCAGGCAGAAUCACAUUCUUCCAGUUCUCAGAAUGGUAAAAACAUCAUUAAUGUAGGCAAGGGAAAUACAAUAUAUGGCUACGAAAAUGGACCAUUGAUCCCUCUUCAUUCAUACAGGGCAUGUGUUGCAGGUUUCACUAAUAUAACCUUUGUGGCCAACAUGAUUGAGGGGGAAGAUAGUUAUGUAUCAUUUUCACCCUGUUCUGAACUGGUUUUACUACCCCAGGAUCCAGGUGUUGUUGCUGGAGUGGUUAUUGGAUGCCUCUUGGCUAUCUUUGCUGUAGUUGCUAUAGGGGGGUUCAUAUUCUGGAGAAGGAGAAGGAAAGAUAAAAGAAAUACUGAUGUGUCAUUUUCUCCAAUUAAAAUCAAGAAAUCAAAAAUGAUUAAAGUGGAGAACUUCGAGUCAUACUUUAAGAAGCAGCAAGCUGACUCCAACUGUGGUUUUGCUGAAGAGUAUGAGGAACUCAAGUCUGCUGGUGUUCACCAGCCCAAAUUUGCUGCUGAACUUCCUGAGAACAGGGGGAAAAAUAGAUACAACAAUGUCUUACCAUAUGAUAUUUCCCGUGUUAAACUUUCAAAUCAAAGUUCUGGAACUGGUGAUUAUAUUAAUGCAAACUAUAUGCCUGGCUAUAACUCAAAGAAGGCAUUUAUUGCUGCACAGGGUCCAUUACCCAAUACUAUAGAAGACUUCUGGCAAAUGAUUUGGGAAAAGAAUAUCUACUCUAUUGUUAUGUUGACAAAAUGUGUGGAACAAGCCCGGACAAAAUGUGAGCAGUACUGGCCCGACAAACAACCCAAGAGCUAUGGUGACAUUAUUGUGACAAUGGUUUCAGAAGUUGUCCUUCCAGAAUGGACAAUAAGGGACUUCACUGUAGAAAAGUCCAACACCCCUGAGAGCCACAUGGUGCGCCAGUUCCAUUUCACCUCCUGGCCGGAUCAUGGAGUGCCAGAGACAACAGACCUUCUUAUCAACUUCAGGCACCUUGUUCAUGAGUACAACAGCCAGAAUCCAAUGGACUCUCCUACUCUGGUGCACUGCAGCGCUGGCGUCGGGAGGACGGGGACAUUCAUCGCCAUCGACCGCCUGAUCCAGCAGAUGGAGAUGGAGAGCAGCGUGGAUGUGUACGGAGUGGUGUACGACCUCCGCAUGCACCGGCCCCUCAUGGUGCAGACCGAGGACCAGUACGUCUUCCUAAACCAGUGUGUCAUGGAUAUCAUUAAAUCCAAGAGAGAGAGGCAAACUGACCUUAUCUACCAAAACGUGACAGCAAUGGCAAUCUAUGAAAACAUCACACCUGGGCCAGCCUUUGGGAAGGCCAAUGGCUACCACGCAUAGUCCAGAAGGAACCCAGUGCCUCCAGGAGAUGUUACCUGCCCCUAGGAAAGGGAGGUGUCCAACUUGUGUUUGCUGGGAUUAUGUGCAGUGUCUCAUGUCUAGCUUCUCCAGUUGUCUGCAUUCAAAGGUGUAAUCUGCAGGAGGAAAAACACAAUGCUGGCAGGAGCUGCAGACUGAUGUUACAAAAACCCAAACAACAAAACCCAAGCAAAACUUUUUAAAGUUAACAGAGGAAUCUUGUUUCUUUUUCUUGGGAAUUUAACAGUACUGAUAGGUGAAAUAGCAUUUGCAGUUUGAACAUUGAACUAGAGUUUAAAUAUUAAAAUAAUAACACAAGCUUUUUAUUACAAUUUUAUAUGAUUUCAUUUACAGACACCAGGCUGGUGGGUUGUUUUAAUAUAUUUGAUUAUAAGUUUCAGGAACAUAUUUUAUCUACUGUAUCUGGUUACUUAGUUAAUAGAUAUGUGCCUCUGUGAUCUAUUUUUUUCUGUUCCUUUUUAUUUAAAAAAGGAGUACAAAUGGCUCCUUCAAAUGGACAUUUAUACUUGGAAAUUGUGCCUUUUCUAGUUGCUACUCUAGGGAAAAAAAACAGCAGAGAUUCUAUUUUUGUACUGAAACUCUUAAUGAGAACACAGAUUUUUUUUUUUUUUUUUAAAUAAGGCUUAUUUCAAACUUAACUGUAGUUGCACUGUUGGCAGGACUCUCCAGAAGUUUGGAGGUGAGCUUUGUUUAUGCAUUUCACCACAGAUAUCCCCUGCCUUAAUGUUUUGGUGCCUCUGCCAGAGGAAAAGGAGUGUGGUCUGUCACUCCGAGCUUUAACUGUAGUUAAAAAAAGAGCAAGUGAAUCUGUGAAUGUGUGUGCGGGGGAGUGUGUGGGGGUGUGGAUGAAGGACAGAAUAGCUCCUCCCUGAUCCUGUUUUUAUACAAUUUAUAAUGAUUUAUUUAAAGGUGCAAUAUAUGAUUUACUGAAUAAUUCUCACUCUAAUAGAGUUUUUCUCAGGUUGGUGUCUUUUUAUCAUUGUUGUUGUUUUUCCUCAAA